CGCACAUUGGCCACAUUCAGUACGCUAAGCUGCCACGGUUAACAACGUCUCUUCGAGCUCGAGUGUUGCGACGAAAGUGUGUGUGUAAACAAGCAAAGUGCAGGCAAAUAGAAAAAAAAUAAAAUAAAAUAAAAUAUAUGUAAACAAAAGUCCUUGACGGACGUUCGCUUAAUACCGUGCAUUUGUGUGGGUGUGCGCUCACGUGACUGCUGUUAGCUGUUAAUUUCGAGAAGUGUUCUGCAAAAUGCUGAAAUUUAUCUUACUUUCUUUUGCUUGUUUGCUAACCUUGGCAACAGCUUUGAAAAUACACGACUUCGAGCAUCACGAGUACGAGCAUCACAAGGAACCUGAGGAAUCGGAGCACCAUCAUGAAGUGGAACACAAACAUGCCACUUCACAUCAAAGUGUCAAAUUCCAUCAUUUCCAUCCGGUACCGGUCUAUAUCAAGGACAAACACUUGCUCAAGAAUCCCAUCGAAAUUGGCGGUACCAAGCAGAAAUUAAAAAUUUUACAUCCCAAAACUGAGCACAGCCACAAUUACGGUUUGGUUUUGGAAGAAGAGAGCGAGUCACAUAUCCACGAGCACGGACAUCACGAAAUCGAACAUCAUGAACCACAUCUGGAACACUACGAACAUUAUCUCAUCACGAAUAAGACGAAGAGAGAGAGAGAGAGAGAAACGAGUUGAGUAAAGCUUAAGAAAAGAACUGAAAGCCGCAAUCGUUUGCUUUAGUGAUCUAAAAUUGAGUUUGACAUUUGUUUUCAUAGCAGUGCCGCCAAAUUUUAGUUAAAUGUUGUGUUAAUUUUGAAACUUUUAUACAAUGGUCACACUUGUUGCAAAUGGAGCAUUCACUAAUUAUUAUAGAACAAUUAACUCGUAUUUUUAAAUGUGUAUAUUGUUUAAAUAGAAUACUGAGCAUUCAGAUGCUCGUCAAUUGUAUAUUAAAUAAAGAGUGUUUCAUAAGGAAAAUAUUAUUAGUUCAGUCGACUCGGCGUGCGUUUGUUCAUUACAGGAUCUCAGCGAUAUUUAUAAUUAUGACGCAAGCUUUUUACAAGCUCUAUAGGAAUUAAGCAAUCCUUUCAGUUUGGACCAACAUUUAAUAUUUGCUCUUAGUAAGGUUUCUAAUGUUUCGAUACCAGGUUUUCUAGCUAGUCCAUG